AUGAACAAGCCGACGAAGUGGCUGAUCCAGGCCGUCACGCCUCUGGAUAGAUAUGUUGGAGACAGGGUUGCUCUUCUCGGCGAUGCGGCACAUGGAAUGCCGCCUCAUCUUGGGAAUGGAGCAGGUCAAGCAAUAGAGGAUGCGUUAAUCCUAGGAAACGCAAUCGCGAAAUCAGUACAAUCAGGCACGGCCGACAUCCCAAAGAUCCUCGAAACGUACAACGCCAUCCGACAACCCUUCGGCAACUUCGUAGCGCGCGAGACGAAACGUGCGGGCCUCUUGUACGACUUCACAGAUGAAGCUGGGUUCGAAGGUUUGAGAGAGGGCGACAAGGUGUCUCUAGAGAGGCUGGCUGAGUUGGGGACUGAGAUCAACGAGAAAUGGGCUUGGACAUGGACGGCAUCUGCGCUGGACGAUUUGAAGAAGGUGGAGGCAGCUUUUCAGUGA